GAAAGUUUUCCCCUACCCCAUGACGCCAGAGACCGAGAGAGCUUAUUAGAUUGAUAGCCCUCGCUCAGAUCCAAGCACACCCAAAGCAAACUUCCCUGAGAGAUAGAAAGGAUUUGAUAUCUUUGGUGUUUAGAGAUCCUACAAUGGAGAAAGGGACGCAUUCACGGGCAUCAUCCGGACCUUCAUAUGAGGUUUUUCUGAGUUUUCGAGGAGCAGAUACCCGUCAUGGAUUCACCGAUCAUCUUUACAAUGGCAUGGUUGAUGCCGGGAUCAUCGUCUUUAGGGACAGUGAAUCCCUUCAUGUCGGUAAGGAAAUUGGUGGUGAACUUCUACAAGCAAUUGAGAACUCCAAGAUCUACAUUCCCAUAUUCUCCGAGAAUUAUGCUUCGAGUGACUGGUGCCUCCGAGAGCUUGCAUGCAUGGUCGAGUGCACCUCGAAAUCAAAUGGAAACAAAGAGAUUCUGCCGAUUUUCUUGAACGUGGAACCUGCUGAUGUCAAGCUGAAAACAGACUUGUACAAACAACCACUUUCAAAGCGUAAGAAGACGGGGUGUGCUGAAGCAGAGUCAUGGGAAAAGGCUCUCGUUGAGGUGGGCAAGAAAAAGGGAUGGAACUGGCAAAAAGAUCAAGGCCAAGCAGAUUUGAUACAAUCUGUAAAGGAGACUGUGUUGACUAAGCUGAACAUCGGAUUUAAAAAAAAUGUGACUGAACAUCUGGUUGGAGUUGAUGAUCGUGUAGAAACUAUAAUCAAAAUGUUGCAUGCGGAAUCCGAUAGCAUACAAUUCCUCGGAAUCCACGGAAUGGGCGGGAUUGGCAAAACAACACUUGCCAAGAUCAUCUUCAACCAACUGUCUUCUCACUUUCGAGGCUGCAAUUUCCUUUCCGACAUCGGAGAGUCAUCACGACGUCAUGGUCUAGUACAUUUGCAAAAACAGUUACUAUCCAAGUUCCUCGAUUCUCGUUCUAUCCUCGACCAAAUUCACGACGUGGAUGAUGGGAUCAACAUGAUUAAGAGGGUACUUCGUGAUAAAAGAGUUCUGAUUGUUCUUGAUGAUUUGGAUGAGAAAAAGCAACUCAAAAGUUUGGCAGAAAAAGAAAAUUGGUUUGGUUCCGGUAGUAGAAUUAUCAUAACUACUAGGGACCAAAGUGUCCUAAUGAUUGAGGGAGAAGCAACAGAUGAAGGCCCUGUAAAAAAGUUUGCAAAUGUUUGGACUUACGAAGCACGUGCAAUGGAAUUUGAUCAUGCUCUUAAGCUUUUUAGUAAGCAUGCUUUUAGAAGAGACUCUCCACCAGACCAUUAUGUCUCCCUUUCAAAGGCAAUUGUCUCUACUUUGGGAAAGCUUCCAUUGGCUCUUGAGAUUACAGGUUCAUCCCUUAGCGGUAAAUCCGAAAAAAUAUGGGUAGACACAUUGAAGAAGCUAGAAGAAGCUCCUCCCAUGGGAGUCCAAAAAAAAUUGAUGGUAUCUUAUGAAAGGUUAGAUCAUGCACAAAAGCAAGUAUUUCUGGAUAUAGCUUGUUUUUUUGUUGGUUGGGACAAAACAUACCCUUUGUACAUGUGGGAUGAAUGUGGAUAUCACCCACACGAUUCCCUUGAAGUCCUCUCUCUCAUGUCCUUGAUAAAAAUCAAAGACGACAAUACUUUUUGGAUGCAUGAUCAAGUGCGGGACCUCGGAAGGGAGAUUGUCCGUCAAGAGAAUUUCAAUGAUCCCCGCGAGCGUAGCAGAGUGUGGAAUCAUAUGGUAGCCCUGAGCAUUCUGAAGCUGAAAGAGGGAAGUCGGAAAAUACAAGCACUGUCUACGGGAUAUCAUGGAAAUGAAGACGUUAUUCUAAAGCAUGAUGAAUUUGCUAAUUUGCGGAACUUGAGGUUCUUUCAGGGGGAUAGGGUGUUAUUUGUUGGAGACUUCAAUAAUCUUCUCUUCAAUUUAAGAUGGAUUUCUUGGCAAAGUUGCCCUUCCGAGUUUGAGGCAACAAACUUUCAUCUGACUAAUUUAGUCGUUCUUGACCUCUCAUGGAGCCAUAUUUCUGAGGAAUGGAUUGGCUGGAGCCAAAUCAAAGAGGCCAGAAAACUAAAAGUACUAGAUCUCAGGUACUGCUACCACUUAAAGAGAACACCUGAUUUAUCUGCGUGGGUGUACCUGGAGAGAUUGGUUUUUAAAGGCUGUUCGAACUUAAUUGAAAUUAACCCAUCCAUUGGUAAAUUAAAGCUCCUAACUUCUUUGAACUUGGAGGGAUGUGAGUUUCUUCGAGAGUUGCCUAAAGAAAUAGGAUGUCUACAAGCUUUGACAGAGAUUGUCAUGCCUACUAAGUUACGUGAACUUCCGGAGACGUUUGGUAAUUUGCAGUCACUGUUGACCCUCGAUGUAUCACGGAGGUUGAUCAACAAAUUGCCAUACUCAAUUGGAGGGCUGGUGAAAAUGAGGCAGUUGAAUUUAUCUGGGUGUACAUACAUAAAGGAACUUCCAUAUUCGGUUGGGAAAUUACAAUCAUUAGUCGAGUUGGAUUUGUCAUGGACGAGAAUUCGUCACCUACCCGAUUCAAUCGGCAAUCUAAAGCAACUGAAGGUACUAAGGAUGAUAGGCAUAGAAGAGAUAACAAAAUUGCCAAGUGCGAUUGGGCUGGUGGAGAAGCUCGAAGAGUUGGAUGCUCUAGAUUGUUUCAACUUGACCGGCGAAAUCCCUAAAGAAAUUGGAAGAUUGUCCCGUUUGAGGAUCCUAAACUUGUCAAACACACGUAUAUCAGGAUUACCCACCACGGUGAGUCACCUCUCUAAUCUCCAAAUAUUUAAGCUAGAAAAAUGUCCCGAGCUGAAACAAUUGCCGGAGCUUCCUCCAAGUUUGACUUGGCUGACAUGGAGCCCUUUUUAUUACCGGUGUUACUCCUCGACAGACCUCUUCCUCUCUCCCACUGGAAUUGGUGCCCUAUCUCCACGGGGAACACUCGUCACCACUCUUCCCACUAGCAUCGGUACCCUAUCUCAGCUUAAAACACUAUCAUUGUCCUGCAAACACGUGCAAUUCCUCCCCCGGCUCCCGUCUAGUUUAAGAGAGUUACUACUUCAAGAUCUGGAGACCACACGAUCACCGGAUUUUUCCAAUUUGAAAAAAUUGUCAAUCUUGACAUUCUAUAAAUGUUCGCUAGAAUUCUCGAGUAUAUUUGAUGCGGAGUCGGAGAAACUCCAUGUGGAGCGCUGUGAGCUUAGAAAACUGGACUCACCGUCGCAACCGGAAAUGAAAAGAUUGAGAUUAUUAAAGAUGGUUGGUUGUGAGUUCCUUCCAGAAGUACUUGAUCUGUCGCGCAUGAAGAAUCUAUGCGAGCUGAAGUAAUGGAGUCUUUACAUAUUCCCAAGGGUGUGGGACAGGUGUUGUUCAGAAUCCUACAUACUGCCAGAUGGCUUAUGUACAAAAAAGAGUUCGACACGAGCCAUGUGGAAUUCGUGAGAGAUGGAGCAAAAUGGUUGGUAGAGAACAUGGAAAUUAAACUUGGUUUGGCUUGGUCUUACUAGUCAUUUCCUGAUUCACAUUACCGUUUUACUAUAACGAUACCAGAGGAUAGUGUUGCUCAAAGUCUUAUACAGGCUAACUUUUUCUGCACCAUCAACAGGAGCACUUGGCACCCGCUAGUUACGUGAAGAUACAACCGUGAGUAUGAUUCUGUGUCGAGAGAAAAUAUUUAGAUAGGAUGACUUUUUGUUUAUAUCUUCUUGAUGGUCCAAAUUUUGUACUUGUUACUCUGUUAUCCAGUCAAAAAAUUUUAUAACCAUAUCAAAAUAGGCAUGGCCGACAAUACUCUUCGUAUAACAUAGGAGCAAUGCAUAUUUUCAUUGAUUCCCUGUUUUUAGUUUCAUAUAUUUGAUGUUAUUUCUCAAUGCAAAAUCUCAUUUCACUUUCUAUUGGGUCAAAAAGUAGAUGUUCUUUCAAUUAAGCAAUGUGUGAAUUGCCUUUCGUUUCUGCAGGACUUUGCUAUAUCUAAAAGGCUCUAGAUUUCUCCCAAAAUUAAACAAUGAACUUGGGGAUGACAGAAACUCAGCCUACAAGGAAAGAUUUGCUAGCUUGCAGGACCUAGUCCUUAUUAUGGUUAGUUUUGUAUAUGUUGUUGAUUUUGGACUCGACUUUCGCAGCUUUGUGAUGCUAACUCUUUUUAUUUCCCUCUAGUUUGAGCAAGACACUGUGUUGAUACCAAGGGAAACAUCCUGGUUCGGAUACUAUCCAGAUGGAACUUUUGAUACUAUUUUGCCUCCCCAGGAGUCAAUUGAUGUAUUACCUUGAAAUGCAGUUAUCAGUGUCCUUAUCGGUGCUAUUGAAUUAUUGUAAUUCUUGGGUGAUACUAAUGGUCGCUGAAAAGCAGUUGUAAAGUAUUUAUGAUGGAUGAGGGUGGAAUCUCCUUGUGGUUCAAAAAGCAUGCAUUUUGAAAGAUUCCAUUCUUUUGAGACUAUUUCCUGUCCUCAAACCGAUUCCAUAAUUAAGAUUUUGCUCAAGGACUUGCACGCACAUAAAUAUAUGAAAAACCAAGGGUUUGGAAUAUACAAAAUCUCUGGUAACAUUGAUAUUGACUUGGAAUCGAACUUUUUUUAUUGCACUUUGCGUAGUCAACCAAGGAAUGUAACGGAGAACAAGCUGAAACAUUUUAUAAGCCUUAGAUAUGAAUGAUUAACCAUGUUGAAAGUAAUGCUGAGGAUUGCGAAAGCAUUAUCUUUACUGAGCUCUUCCUCUACAAUCUUAUGGUGUGGGAGGGGUAUAUCCAUGACAUGGUCUGGAAUUACUUUUGGUAGUGAUUUAUGAUUUUCAUUUCAUCAUUGAGCAUUAACUUUGAAAAGUCGAUAAUCGAAGGAAAAUUGCAUUUACAUGAGAAAAAUGGACAGAAUAGAAUGGGCGUAGGAACAUAUUGUGAUAUUGUGUUGUCGCUGUGGUGUAAGCUCAUCAUAACAUGUUUUUACCCUUACUCGAUGCUACAAUUUGCAUCCUUUUACCAUUAGGACUGGAUUGGAUUGAAAAAAAGAUAAACGUAUCUAAUCAAUGCAUUUCCUUGCGGAUGGAGCUUUACACCAAGGGUUGGAUUGGAUUGAAGACCUUGAUAGCUAGGAAAGUUAAAUUCAUCGACGUCUCUGGGAACCAUCUCCCGAUCUCUCUCGCCGACAUGCAAAACUAUAUAGUACCUUACUCGGUGCAUGAUGCAUCUUUAGCAAAGAACAUGGCAACAGGAAUGGCUUCUUGUUGUUGGACCCCAUGGGUUCAGGGUUUGUAUUGAAGAAUGGUUACGCUAUCCGAGGAUUGGUUGGUACUCCUCUUGGCAGUUACCUUUAGCUUCUGCUUAAAAAUGUAAGAUAUGACAUACAACGUGAUUUGAGAGAUCAAUUCAAGCAGAAACUGAGGCAGUCAGUGAAGACGAACUGCAAAAUAGAUUUCGAUUUA